AUGGGGGUGCGAGCCGUCCUGGGCAUCGCGCUGGCGGUGGCCUGCACCGGAGGCUUCUUCUCUCUCCUCCUGAGACACGAGGACCUCUUUUGGGGAGACACUGAAGAGGCACGUGUUGCCCGCAUCGUGGAGGCCAGCAAGCUCGUGGUGGACGAGGCCAUGUACCACACGAUGAGAAGAAACCUGCACAGAAGGGAAGCCCCCUCCGCGUCCCAGCUCCUGUCCUUUUCCAAACUCCCCGAGCCCACCAGCCGAGCCACGGCCCAGGCAGCGGAGGUCAUGGAGACGUCGAUCCAGGAGAUGAAGAGGGCUCACCUGCGGCGCACUGACCUCUGGUGCUUCCCUGCAGAUGUUUUGUCAGAAGCCCUGCUGAACACGAUCGCAAACCUGUCGGGCUGCCUGCCUCACCUGCUGCCCCUGCAGUGUCCCAACACCUGCCUGGCAAACAAAUACAGGCUGAUCACAGGGGCCUGCACCAACAGAGACCACCCGAGGUGGGGAGCCUCCAACACAGCCCUGGCCAGGUGGCUGCCUCCUGCCUACGAGGAUGGCAUCAGCGAGCCCAGAGGCUGGAAUGCCCACUUCUCAUACAACGGCUUCCCGCUGCCGCCAGUCCGGGAAGUGACCAGGCAAGUCAUCCGAGUUUCCAACGAGGCCGUUACGGAGGACGACCAGCAUUCUGACCUCCUGACGGCGUGGGGACAGUACAUCGACCACGACGUGGCCUUCACCCCCCAGAGCACCAGCAAAGCCACCUUCGGGGGAGGGGCAGACUGCCAGCUGACCUGUGAGAACCAGAGCCCGUGUUUUCCCAUACAGCUCGCCAAAACCUCGCCGGCCACAGGCCCCGCCUGUCUGCCCUUUUACCGCUCCUCGGCCGCCUGCGGCACCGGGACCCAAGGCGCCUUCUUCGGCAACGUGUCCUCGGCAACGCCGCGCCAGCAGAUGAACGGGCUGACCUCGUUCCUGGACGCGUCCACCGUGUACGGCAGCUCCCCGGCCUCGGAGAAGCGGCUGCGCAACUGGACCAGCGCCGAGGGCUUGCUGCGCGUCAACGCGCGCUACCAGGACGCCGGCCGCGCCUUCCUGCCCUUCGCGCCGCCGCCCGCGCCCUCGGCCUGCGCGCCCCAGCCCGGCGCCCCCGAGGCCCGCGCGCCCUGCUUCCUGGCCGGGGACGGCCGUGCCAGCGAGGUCCCCGCCCUGGCGGCCCUGCACACGCUGUGGCUGCGCGAGCACAACCGCCUGGCCGCCGCGUUCAAGGCCCGCAACGCGCACUGGAGCGCGGACACCGCCUACCAGGAGGCGCGCAAGGUGGUGGGCGCCCUGCACCAGAUCAUCACCCUGCGAGAUUACGUCCCCAAAAUCCUGGGCCCCAAGGCCUUCGAGCAGCACGUGGGCCCCUACCGGGGCUACAACCCCGCCGUGGACCCCACCGUGUCCAACGUGUUCUCCACGGCCGCCUUCCGCUUCGGCCACACCUCGGUCCACCCGCUGGUGAGGCGGCUGGACUCCCACUUCCAGGAGCACCCGGGCCUGCCCCACCUGCUGCUGCACGACGCCUUCUUCCGGCCCUGGCGGCUCCUCGGGGAAGGCGGCGUGGACCCUGUCAUGAGGGGCCUCCUGGCGCGACCAGCUAAGCUGCAGGUGCAGGACCAGCUGAUGAACGAGGAGCUGACGGAGAGGCUCUUCGUGCGGUCAGACUCGGGGACCUUGGACCUGGCGUCCAUCAACCUGCAGCGGGGCCGGGACCACGGCCUGCCAGGUUACAAUGAGUGGAGGAAGUUCUGCGGCUUGUCCACCCUGCAGACCCAGGCUGACCUGGCCGCCGCCACGGCCAACCGGAGCGUGGCCGACAGGAUCCUGGCCCUGUACCGGCACCCGGACAACAUAGACAUCUGGCUGGGCGGCUUGGCUGAGAAGUUCCUCCCGGGGGCGCGGACGGGCCCGCUGUUUGCCUGCAUUAUCGGAAAGCAGAUGAAGGCCCUGAGGGACGGCGACCGGUUCUGGUGGGAGAACCAGGCGGUGUUCACUGAAGCCCAGCGGCAGGAGCUGGGGCGGCACUCCCUGGCCCGCGUCAUCUGUGACAACACCGGCCUCGCUCACGUGCCCCCUGACGCCUUCCGGGUCUCCAGGUGGCCCCAGGAGUUCGAGCCUUGUGACCACAUCCCGGGCAUGAACCUGGACGCGUGGAGGGAGGCCCCGCCUCCAGGGGACACGUGUGGCUUCCCCAGCCAAGUGGAAGACGGGGGCUUCCUGCUCUGUGACGAGCCUGGAAAGCGUGUGUUGGUGUUUUCCUGUCGUCACGGAUUCCAGCUCCAAGGGCCAGAGCAAGUCACCUGCACCCCCAAAGGAUGGGACUCCCAGCCCCCCGUCUGUAAAGACGUGAACGAGUGUGAGGACGAGCGGGAGCCCCCCUGCCACGCGUCCGCCCGGUGCAGGAACACCAAGGGCAGCUUCCGGUGUGAGUGCUCGGACCCUUACGUGCUCGGAGAGGACGGGAGGACCUGCGUAGACUCUGGGAGGCUCCCGAGGGCGUCCAUGGUCUCCUUCGCGCUGGGCGCCGUGCUGGUCUGCGGCCUGGCAGGCCUCACCUGGACGGUGGUUUGCAGGUGGUAAGUCCCUCCCCGGUUUUCUGCAGACUGGAGGU